GUCCUUUUCUUCCUUCUUUUAAGCUCCUUUGCUCCCAAAUACCUCAUUUGUUUUCUUCCCUAACAAUCAACUAUCUCUAAUGAUGAAGGACUUCCAUAAUCUCCUUUCAUUAAAAAAGGUGUAAAAUCUUUCCAAAAGCAAAAACAAUGGCAACAAGGACAAGGGACACUGCUCCUCCUGGAAAGGAGAAGAGAGGGACAUCUCCAUCUCCAAAGAGAAGCACCACCAACACAUCAAAGACAACCUCUCCGGUCCGAAAACAAGCUGAUCCAACAACUACCUUAAACAACAACAUUCCUAGUUACCUCAAACCAACAAUUACUCAAUCUAAGAAGUCUGCAUCCUCAAGUGACCUUCACAACAUUCAAAAUAAUAAUACUAAAUCUUCUCUUCUAACUCGAAGAAGAUCAUUCGAUAAUAAGCCUCCCCUGCCUUCUUCCUCACCAAAAACUCGAAUUUCCCCUAAUCCUAGGGAGAGAAUUCCUCGUUCAUCGUCAUCUUUAUCAGCCAAGACUUCUACUUCCCAGAAACCCCUUUUGGAUAAAUUCUCAAAAACUAGUAAGGAUGCCAUUGGGAAACAACGUGGCGCUGGCCUAAACUCUAAGCCAGUGACCAAAAGAAAGACGACCACAACCAUCAGGAAGCAUGACAGCACUAAUGGUUCAACUACAAAAGCAUCAGUAGUAACAAAUUCACAGGUCGAACAGUCAGAGACGGAAGAAGAUCAUCAAGAAUUAACGAUCCAUGAAACCGAAAAGGAAAUGAAUGUAAGUGAUGGCGAAAUGACUGCUAAUUCUGAUGCAGGGGAUAAUGAUUCGGGCGUGGAUGAUCAUGAAGAGAUUAAUGAAAAUGUAAACAAUGCGGAAUUGGAGGAAAUCAAGGAUGCAGCUGAAUCGUCAUCCAUAGUUGAGGAAAAUCAAGAAAUCAAAAUUGAAGAACCAGAAGAAAAUCCACAGGUUGAAGAACCAGAAGAAAUCAGCGAUGAGCCUAAUGAAACUUAUUCAGAGAAGGAAAAAGAAGAAGUUGUUAUAAAUGUAUCAUCCGAGGAGAAUCAAGAGUUGAAAGAGGAAGCUGCCAUAAUAGAAGAAACAGAAGCAGUACAACAACAAAAACUAUGUCUCAAUCCCAAGCAAGUUGAAGAAACUGAUGCCGUGCCAGAGAAAAAUACAACAGUGGCAUCAUCAAAACCUCAACAUCAAGUGGUGCAAGGCAAGAAUAACGAGUCAGUGGUUUCGAAUAACGUGAUCGAAGAGACUGCAAGCAAACUUAGGGAGCAAAGGAAGAACAAAGUAAGAGCACUGGCUGGUGCUUUUGAAACUGUCAUCUCCCUGCAAGAUAAAUGAGUAUUUCUCUUAGUAUUAAGUUUGUGAACCAGCCCCUCGUUGUACUAUGCUUAUAGUUUUCCAAAAGAACUUUAAAUUCUUUAAGUGGGAAUUGUAUUAUUUUCAUAAAUGAUGUGAAAAAGAGAUUAUUGUUAUGCUA